CGGAAUACUACGACAUUGAGACCGCGUAGGCCUACGGUGAACGUGAGAAGCUUCGACAGACAGACCCCCACUCGGAUUCCCCAUCGAUUCGAAUUCUCGUUCUCCUGACUGUCAUGGGUGCCCUUUGCGGCAAAGGGGGCAGGGACGAUGACGAUGUGGACAUCCCGGACAACAAGUUUGCGAGAAUGGCUUAUCGGAAAGCCACCAAGAUGAAGCCGAAGCCCAAAGACGCCGACGAGGGGCCCAGGAGAGACGAAGAAGGUGUGUCGAGAAGAAAUGCUGCACAGAGACGACUGCUGGAUGUGCGUCUGUCUAUAUGAUCAUUUUGGUGCAGCUAAGGCGGUUGAAUCAAAUCCAGCAACCGAAGAGAAGGGAGAGGGAGAAAAGCGGGUCGGUUUCGCUUGACACAGGCCCUGCACUGUGUACUGGUGUGCCCUUCCUCUUGCUGGACUUUUUGCAUUGUCGUGAGCUGAACGUCACCUUUGCAAAAACACAAUGACAGAAUCGACCCGCUGCGUUUGUCUUCUCGACUCAUGUCAUAUCAUAAGAUUGCUCGAUACGAACCGAUGCUUGGGCGGCCGUUAUCGCCCGUUCAUGUAUCUUAACUUCUAUUACAUGAAGAAUGCACAUGGUGUGAGUCAGAAUGCCAACCAGUGGCUGUCUGUCUGUGUGUACAUAUCUGUCUGUCUGUCUGUCUGUCUGCCAGGUAGUCUGUCUCUUCCUCAACCAGUCAGCACCUCGUUCAAGUGGCCAUGUGUGUGAAUUGAAAGGGAGUUACCGAUGUGAUCAGUUGACU